AGCUGUUUUUUGGGUCGGACAGCGGCCGCAUCCGAUUUUGACACCACCGGGAGGAUGGUUGCAGAAGGCCAAGUGCUGGCCUCUCCAAUGGCAGAGGGUUACAAGGCGCGGAGACUGCCGAACGUCCCGGCGUCCAGCUGGUGACCAGCGAGGAUGGGGAUGUGCUGGCCGUGCACAUGAGCCAGACUGCACAGCUCUACACCACGGUGGAUCGGAUUCUCAAUAGCCAGAGGAUCCUCUCCUUGCCCUUGGCAGACCGCUAUACCCUGGCCGGCAAGGUGGCAGCGGUGCCGGAGGAGUUUGGUCGGUUGAUCGAACGCUUGGCCUCGACCGUGGCGACCGCCAUGAGUGAGGCGAGCGCCUUGAACGCCUUGUACCUCCUAGAGAUCUGCAAGGAGUUGGUGCCAGGCUUCAAGGAGAAGAUCCCAGAGAAGCGCUUCGAGGCGGCGGCGGAUCUCUCCAUGCACCAACGUGCCAAGGACUUCGUCCUUCAGGGUCAACGACCCAGCGAGUGGGCAGUGGGCGAGCAGCCCAAGGGCACGCUGAUCCUCAUGCCGGAGCAGGAGCAGGAGGGUGACCUUCUGACAGAAACAGGGAAAGUUGUUAGCGACGCCACCAAAUUCGUGGGCGGCGCGGCCUUUGGAGGCGUCGGCCUUGUGACCGACACCUUGGGCAUCACCAAGAACGCGGAGGAGCAUUUGGCGACUGGUGCAGAGGAGGCCGUGGACCUGGUCGGCCAUUCGGUGAACGGUCUGGUGGAUGCUGUCGACUACGGCUUGGAUGGCACCGCUCACGACCUGAAACGAAAAGGUGUGGUGGGAGCCGUCGGUGACGGCGUGGCGGAUGCUGUGGACAUCGUCUCGGACUUCGUGAGCGACACGGUGACCGGCAUCGCGGACGGCGUCCACGGGAUGCUGAACUUCGCCACUGGCACGGAGGACACGGCGGCGGCGCCGGAGUCGCACCUGGUGAAGAUCGUGAUCGCCGAGUUGAUCGGUGCAGAGAGGACCUUGGGUCUCCGCAUUGAGAAUCGCUUGAUCACUGCCUUCACCAAGCCGGAGGCUGCGCGCUUCGGCUGGCGAUUAGGAGAUUGCAUCCAGGCUGUGGGGCGACAACGCACGCCAACGCAGGAGGUGAUGCUGGAGAAGAUCGCAGCCUUCAAAGAGGACUUGCGGACGAAUGGCACACCGAUGGAAUUCCUGGUGGAGAGGUUAGGCGCGAGACCCUAGGACGUGCAGUCCUUAGAUGAGUUGAACCAGACCAAGUUGUAGAACAUGACACAUUGUUCAUCACGAAAUUUGAGUUUUAACAUGUCUUUACAUCUUUAUGUUGGCCACACUGGUGCAUAUUCCUGGCCCGAUAGACUUGACUUGUAGAACAUGCGACCGC